AUGUUCCACUUCCUCGCUGAGAACCCGGCCGUGGCCAAGGUCCAGUACGCUUUGAAAAUCACAUUUAUGUUCGUAUACAGUUUCCCCACGGAGAGAGUCCUAACUGACCCCAGCUUCGUCGCUGUCCUCUUCAUCGACGCGCUGCAGCGUAUGGUGCGCAUCGCGCAGGAGGGGGCCGUCGCCAAGCGCAACCCCGAGGUUGCCGCCGACGUCCGCACCGAGACGACCUACGUAACCGUGAGUAGCGUGACGUGGGGAGGAUCUGAUCUGGUCACCGACCAGAGGACAGCCAUUGCUACGGGCGUCGCUGUGCCCGCUGUUGUGUUCCUUCGGGGCGCAGCAAAAGACAGGGUCUACCUCACGGGCACGACGCUCUUCCUGUCUCUCGUCCUGAGCCGCGUGUUCUACAUUCUCCUCGACUUUAUCCAGACCCAGGAGGAGCUCACCACCCUCAAGGGCUCGACGGCCAAGGGCUCGACCAACGCGGGCGAGAACGCCGAGCUCCGCAAGAAGAUCAAGGUCCUCCAGGCCGAGCUUGAGACUGUCCAGAGCGACGCGGACCGUGACCUUUCGACGCUCAAGAAGCAGGCCAACCAGCAGGCGGCCGAGUACAACCGUCUCGCCGACGAGCACAACGCCUCGACUGGCGCCGUCUCGGACAAGAAGUUUGACUAA